AUGAGCUCUGAAAGAUCCGUACUUUACUUGGACGACUUCUUGGUGCUAGAUUCCUCCAUGUGUGGCAUGACCUUCGAUCCUCAAGAGUUCUAUGAGUUGGAUAACACCCACGGAUUUACAGAGCUGAUUGAUAAAAGAUUGUUUCAAACUGUCGUUAGGACUGAUGACAUCAGUGACCUGCCCAUUCAUCCAAGGGAGAUCAGGAGACAGAUAGGAAGUGGAGAUAUGUACAAGCCAAGGAAAGUCAGAGGCGUUGGAAGGUUAAGAGAAGGUUGUUGUGGAAUAUGUAAUUCAUGGUUUAAACUAAAAACAAGUAGCUAUUGGUAUCAUAUGAACUAUAAGCAUGGGAUAAGUUCCAAGGGAAUAAAAUAUCCGGAGCCUCAAAUAAGAUAUACGGGGGAUAAAGUAGAUGGAUUCUGCAUGAUCUGUGAUGAAUGGAUAACAUUGGGGUACAAGUCAAAUAGAAAGUCUACAAGAUUCGGAUGGUUCAGGCACUGCCAGAAGAAGCAUGGGUCAGGUAAGGCAAUUUAA